AUGCAUGUUUUUUUUUUUGUUGAUGGAAAUUUUGAAGAAAACAGAGGAAAGGUAUGAUUCGUACUUCAACUCUGCAGGCUCUGUAGAAUGUCUUGAACCGAGGUUCAUAAGCUUUAAUUACGGAAAAGUACCGCAACGACUGGCAAUCGUAUUAGUCGAGCACCGUGUACGAAAGCACGAGGUGAAUUCACGUGUCGGUAAGUCAACAGCACUUGCUGUGAUUCUGACAGAAGUGCAGCAAGCAUAACAGAACGAGGGAAAAAAAUCUAGUGUACGAGAACCAUAUUUUUUUUGUCCUGGUAAAUCCAUUUCUUGCUCUUAUAAAUUUAAUGCAUAUUGUACAUGCUAUCUUGCCAAUCACGCUAAGCGUAAACCAAAUAAUGAAAAUACUAAAAUUUUGUUCUGCAUAGCAAUUUCUUUUCUCUAUUUUUGUUAUUUAUUAUCUGUAUGUGGAUUUUAUCCUUAUUCUAAUUUUAACGUAUAUAAUUAAUUACGAAAACUACAUAAUUAGUGGCUUUGUUAUAUCAUAAAAUAUUCUAACAUUCUUUUAAUAAUAGUAACCUUCAACAAAAUUAAAAUAGUAUUCGCACCGUGUUCAUUCAUUGAUACGUUUAUGAUUGUAUCACUUAGCAUCUUCAACACCAUAUUUAUCGCAUUUGACAAUGAGUCAUGAUUUUCGUGAGUAUAGUAAUUUAAGGUAUUAAAUUGUUUGUAUCAUUGAACACUAUCUGAACUGAACUUUAGAUCUGCACUCCACAUGACUCUGUUGCCAAUUGGAACUAUUCAUUUUAAAACUAUCGAUAGAUGAUUCCAUAAAACAGCUGCAUAAACGAUUGUAUAAUAUUUCAACUCAAAGUAUUAAAUUACUGUUGUGACCAAUCGUAUCUUUAAUUGAAAUAAAACCUCUUUACUAUCAAUAUCCUAGAUAGAUUCCAUCCUGCUAUAUUUUCAUCAAAAACGCUGAAUAUUAAAUUUUCAUUCCACACGAGUCUCCCCUCAAUUGAAACCAUUAAUUUAAUAUACAAUUCUAUGUAUAAAUUACACAUUUCCAUUCAAAGUAUUAAAAUCCAUAUAAUGCCUGAAAAUGUAUAAAAUACUUUUUAUAAUAUUUAGUUUUCUUCUCAGUUUUCAUAAAUUUCACAAACAAAACUUUUAUCACCAAUGUCAUAUUCCUUGCUGUAUUGCCCGAGUUUUAAAUUGCAUUUCUACGCGUGUCUUCUGCCAACUGAAAUCAUUCAUAUUAUGGCUAUUUAAUUGCAUAACCACUCACGGAGAGCAUGUGCUGAUAGAGAA